AGUAGGGCUAAUUUUAUCUGCUUAUGAGACGGAGCUCGUAUUUCUAAUUCUAAAGAAUUAGUUACCUCAAGUAUUACUCACAAAAAUAUAUAGAAAGGGACGGACCUCGGUAGAAGACAGAAUCAGAAAGGGUGUAACAAGAGUUUCAGAUGGUUUAUGUUUGCACCAGCCUAUGAUCAAAUCACCCCGGCCUCUCAGCACACUCUCCAUUGACAGAAAGAAGAAUCAGACAAAGUUAUUUACAUUUUCAAAAGUUAAAACGUGUGUGUGCUGGGACUAGUUGUCUUACAAAAAAGAAAAAUUAUGGUAGAGCGAACGAAAGUGAUUUUCAUACUGGCUACCGUCGAUAAAGUACUUGCCAUUAAAAAGUAACGAUAACUAGUAUUAUAGUUCAUUAUAUUCUUUACAGGAGCCAGUCUACGAAUACACCGUUGCUAAAGGGACUGCUCAACAAAACCGAAACAGGUGGAAACUGCAAUUUAGGCGGUGUUUACUCUGUACACUAGGAAAAGUACAUUUUUGGAAUCUUACAUUUUGCCUAACAGAGCUCCGUGCCAACAUGUUGGGGUGGGUGAGUUGCAGCUGAUUAUUUAAAAUGAAGGGACUACUACCACGUUAGAAAUCACCGUGUUGAUGGCUACAAGAUAAAUCACAGAAGUUUUCAGAGGAGUUUACGGAUGAGAAGUCCCGUGAUUUCAGCUAUGACUGCAUUUCAUGCUGAAAACAAUAAACUACAGCGGAUAACAUCUGAAUGAGGGAAAGCUCCUGAGUCAGUGACAUUCAGAUUUGUAAAAAAACGCACGUGUAGUGUUUUACGACUACAGUACACUUGGUUUAAGUAACACAUACAUACAAGCACCGAAAAGAGUUAAGCUUAUGUGCUGUCUUUGCCUUCGGACUAAAAUAUGUUUUCUUUUUUUUUUUUAAGUAGCUUUAAUCAGGCACUGUAGUAGCUGUGCACCGUUUAAAAUCAAUCAGGCAAAGGACAUCGAGCCAAGUAAACAAAACCUGCAGUCAAAUCUUUUUCUUCUAGCGACAAAAUUGCCACAACUACAAUUCUGGGCUGUACUAUGAAUUACCUAACAGACAGUUCGGACAACCAUUCAGUUCUUUAGUAAGUUUGGCGCCAUUCCAAGUUUUCUCUUUAGCCUAUAGGAUAGAAGUGGGAGGCCUUACCGGGGACAACUCAAGAUUGAUGCCAAUGUAGUCCAAUAGACAACAGGCAUGGCCUAAACGAGAGACAACAACAUAGUAAUAAGGCUCACUACGCCCCACCUCCAUCCACCCCUGACGGGUGUUUGUUUAAAGGGAGAGGUGCGUCAGCAUUUAGGUGUGAAGUGCCCCCGGAGACUGUAGUGGAACGGCUAUAUAAAAACAACUAUAAGGGGUUUUAGACGUAGCAGGUCGUACUUGCCUGUUUAUUUGUUUCAUCCGGCCCGUUUCUGUUGUUUUUAAGGAAUUACAAUAUAUACGUGACAGAAUGUCUGAAGUACAGCUAAAAGCGGCUCUGGACCGAUCGAUAGCACGCAAGACAUUCCCGCUAGAGCGAAGGACCGCCGCCUGUAGAUGCCUUUUUGGGGAGGUGGACCACGACGAACUGAAUCAGGAUUUGUUAAAAAUGCGUGAAUUAAACGAUCGGAUAAGCCAGGAACGCUGGGGCUUUAAUUUCGAGUUGGAAGCGCCCUUGCCGCAUAGUCAGCUACAGUGGGAGGCGGUAGAUGAAGCCUUGGUACCGCAGUUCUACCGAGCUGUGGUGCAAAUAGGCAAAUACCGGAUUCCCUGGCAGAGCGGUUCCAAAUGCACCGCUCCAGAACAGCACGCAAGUACUGAGAGCCAGCGCAGGGAAUUAAGUGGUGAGCUGCAGGAGAAAGGACAGAAUCUGGUUGGCACGGAGGUUACACUUAAAGAACUAUGCACACCAUGCAAAAGAACCACUGAUACCAGCGAGACAGAGUCUGCAGUGAAACGAAAACAACCGAAUACUGACAGUAAAAUGUCAAGUGAAACAGAGUGCAGUUCUGGAUUUGCGAUCCCCUCUGAAAAGACGCCUCGCAAAAAGAUUCGUUUGAGCUGCACUACUGUUGACUGAAGUCCAAUCUUCCGCUGGAGAGAAGAAAAGACUGCUGUUUCCAGAGUCUGAGACGCUGAAGGAAACCAGGAACGCUGCAGCGUCAGUGGACCGAGUAAAGGAGAAGCCAGAAAUGUAGCAAAACCAGUGGCAUGUCUACGUUUUGCCACUCCGCAGUGUUAAGAACGUGCAAUUAAAUUAAUAUAUAUAUCUAUAGACAUUUGCCCUACGGAAUUACACUGGUCGAAAAGUGUAAAGCUUUAUGGACAUUUUAAAGAUUAUUAUAUAUUUGUUUUUCAUGCAAGUUGUAUAUUUGUACAGUAUGUGGUUUAAAUACACUAACUUAUAUUUCUAUUUAUAUAAAAAAAUCACUCUGGUGAUUGUUUUUUCGUUAAGCCAAACGGCACUAUAUUUGCUUUUUACUUGCUAAAUGUAAUUUGUUUUUAUUUUUAUAGUGGAGGGUUAUUUUUUUUUGGGGGGGGGGGGGUAUAGGUAGACAGCUGGUUCCUUUUACUUGAAAGUCACAUAUUCUAGUGUCUAUGAGCCUUUAUGAGGUUGUUGUGGAUACAUUGUGAGGAGCCUGUCAAGUACCCUUUUUUUUUUUUUUGUUACAACAUCCCAUAUAACAUGUUGAUUACAGUGCCAGUGUACUACACUGGUUUGCAAAGUUACACAAUGUGAGAAUAUUAUUCCCCUUUAAGAGUGUUUAUAUAUAUAUAUAUAUAUAUAUAUAUAUAUAUAUAUAUAUAUAUAUUACACACACACACUAGUACUGAUCUAGAAUGCCAUUGUUUACAAAAGGCCAAAUGUAGCAGAUCAGAGCUUGUUUAAAAAAAAACUUUGGUCAAUAAAAUUAAUUGUGAAGAAAAA